AUGGAGGCUGCCGGACGAGACGACCAUCAGUUCACCUCCGCGGCACGCAAGCGUGCUGGUCCCACCUUGAGUUGCGAAAGAAAAGUUAAUGUUGGCAUCCUUGGAGCUACUGGCGCUGUCGGCCAACGCUUUGUUUCUCUCCUUCACGGGCAUCCAUACUUCCGCAUCACGGCGGUCGCAGCGAGUGCCAGAUCGGCUGGGAAAGCCUAUGGCGACGUUGUGGAAUGGCGCCUAGAUGAUACGGCGCCUCUGACCGAUGAAAUUCGAGGCAUGACGGUUAUCAGGUGUGAGCCUGAUCUCUUCAAGGAAAAAGGCUGCGUUAUUAUCUUUUCGGCUUUGGACGCCGCUGCCGCAACAGAACUGGAAAGUUUGUUUGCGGCAAGUGGGUUCAUGGUGUUCAGCAAUGCCAAGUCCCACCGGAUGGAUGCCGACGUGCCCAUUUUGCUGCCAUACGUGAACGCCCCUUUGUUGGACGUCGUCAGGAGUCAGCCGCAUUAUUCCAAAACUGGAGGUGCCAUUGUCACUAACUCCAACUGUGCCAGCGCUGGGAUUUCUGUCGCUUUAAAGCCGUUGCUGGAUAAGUGGGGUAUUGCUCGUCUCUCGAUUGCCACGCUCCAGGCUAUCUCAGGAGCCGGCUACCCUGGGUUGAGCGCCCUGGACAUGAUUGAUAAUGUCAUACCCCACAUCUCUGGAGAAGAAGAGAAGCUAGAAAGCGAACCACAGAAGAUUCUUGGUACCCUGUCUGACGGAUCAACGCGCAUCACCUCCGCUACUUUCGAAAGCGUUGCAAUGUGCCACCGCGUACCCGUUAUCGACGGCCAUAUCGUGACAGUCACUGUCGACUUCCCUCCCUCUACCUUCCCCAAUUCAGCCAAUCCGGAUACUGUCUCGACACAAGUUUCGGCCGCCCUCCGUGGGUUUCGACCACCCCCAAACGUUGCAGAAUUACCGUCUUGUCCUGAUGAGGUGUUAUUUUCUUUUGCGAGCAUUCAAACCGGCCCCAACCGCGCAUUGAUAGACUGCGUGGGGGAGGAAUGGCAGUAUCUGUUGGCCCCGUCAAGGCUAAAUAUGUUGCCAGUUCCUCCACCUGGACAGCAAAGUUCACGACGCUUGUGCGGCUGGAUGUUCGAUUCUGAACGCGGAACUGGCCCUGAAAAGCGGUCUGGUUUUGUCGCCAGAUGGGAUGUGUCGGAAUCUUGAGCCCCGACGGGCGUGUCAUGAAGAGUCUUCACGUCACGAUAACAACAAAGGUGUGAAAGAAGCGCCUAGUGGUGUCCUGCUUGCGGGCGAAGCGCUAUAAAAGAUGUGAGUUGUGUUCAAAUGUCUAACUGUUUUGUUUUUCACAAGUUGUUGCGCAAUUUGCUGUGGGUCCCCCUCUCUUGAAGCUGGUCAGGCAACUCUGGCUACGGUGAAGUAGAGUGCUUACCCUACACUGCCGCAAGUUAUUGUUGGAUGCAGGAACAUGCCCUUCCGCAAGCAGUUAGCCUUCAAAGGUUUGCAUUG